AAAGACAGGAAAUGCAGUGUGAAAACAGCAGGCCAAAAGUUCUUGGUUAACUGUAGCCGGGGAGUCUCAGACUAGGAUGGAGAUAGAUAGAGCUGAGACAGAGUGGGCUUCAUGCUAAGCCUUUCUUUGGACUGAGUUUUUGUUGUUAACUUGUUCAAUUGAGGUGUACUGCACUGGUUACGAAAAGGCCAGAGCAGUUCCAGCAUCAAAAUAGUGACAGUUUUGAAUACCAUAGUAUCUACACACUUAGGGUAUUUUUAUUAAAGAAGAUAAAGAGGCCAGACUAGAUCUCAUCCUCAUCUUCACCUAACUGCAACAUCAAAAGUUAAGAAACAGCAUCUUCAGGGCACUUUUAGGUGAGAAGAAGUCUAGAGAUGGAUCCAAACAAUUGUUUACUUCUGAACUUGAAAGUGGACAAUUUCACGAACUGCAAUGCCUCCAAUAACAGCGUGGAUCUCCCUGUGAAUGACGACUGGUUCCACCCGGGGAUCCUCUAUGUCAUCCCCGCAAUUUAUGGGGUUAUUAUCCUGAUAGGCCUCAUUGGCAACGUCACUCUGAUCAAGAUCUUCUGUACAGUCAAGUCCAUGAGAAAUGUGCCGAACCUGUUCAUCUCCAGUCUGGCUUUGGGAGACCUGCUCCUCCUGGUAACGUGUGCUCCUGUUGAUGCCAGCAGGUACCUGGCUGACAGAUGGCUAUUUGGCAGGAUUGGCUGCAAGCUGAUCCCCUUUAUACAGCUAACCUCCGUCGGGGUGUCUGUCUUCACACUCACGGCACUGUCGGCAGACAGGUACAAAGCCAUUGUCCGGCCAAUGGAUAUUCAGACAUCUCAUGCCCUGUUGAAGAUCUGCAUCAAAGCCGCCUUGAUCUGGAUCAUCUCCAUGCUGCUGGCCAUCCCAGAGGCUGUGUUCUCUGACCUCCAUCCUUUCCAUGAGGAAAGCACCAACCAGACCUUCAUUAGCUGUGCCCCAUAUCCACACUCUAAUGAUCUGCACCCCAAAAUCCACUCCAUGGCUUCCUUUCUGGUUUUUUACAUCAUUCCACUGUCGAUCAUCUCCGUCUACUAUUAUUUUAUUGCCAGAAACCUGAUCCAGAGUGCUUAUAAUCUGCCUGUGGAAGGAAAUAUACAUGUCAAGAAGCAGAUGGAAUCCCGGAAGCGGCUUGCCAAGACAGUGCUGGUGUUUGUGGGCCUCUUCGCCUUCUGCUGGCUCCCCAAUCAUGUCAUCUACCUGUACCGUUCCUACCACUACUCUGAAGUGGAUACCUCCAUGCUCCACUUUGUCACCAGUAUCUGUGCCCGCCUCUUGGCCUUCACCAACUCCUGCGUGAACCCCUUUGCCCUCUACCUGCUAAGCAAGACUUUCAGGAAACAGUUCAACACCCAGCUCCUCUGUUGCCGGCCCGGCCUGAUGAGCCGUUCCCACAGCACUGGCAGAAGUACCACCUGCAUGACCUCCUUCAAGAGUACCAACCCCUCCGUGGCCACCUUCAGCCUGAUCAAUGGAAACAUCUGUCACGAGGGGUAUGUUUAGAGUAACCCUUGACCUUGACCCCCUAGGGACUCCUGGCUUUACUUUAUGGCCGGCCAGAAGCCCCAGCCCUUGAAUCUGUAGUUGUCUCUGUACCCUCCAGAGGGCUCUUGACUGGUGUAGGUGGGUGGGGAGGGGCCCAAAUGGAUCACUGUUGUGUUUCUAAGUAAGUUACCAAGGCUUAGCUUUCCCAUUUCAACUUGUAAAUGAAUCUGUGCAUGGAAAGCAAACCCCUCCCCUUUUAAGAAAAGGAAACAAACAAGAAAUUAUUAUUUGAAGCAUCAAGACCUGAUAUACAUAGGCAUGGCCAAUUAAGUCACAGAAACAAUCUGGCCUCCUAGAUGGAUAAAACAGGGAAAUCAGGCCUUGACUGCCUAUUUUGGGAAACUUCACCUUGUCAUUUCUUUAAGCAGAAGCUAAUGCUUUUAAAAUAUGACUCAAUUCCUUUUCCAGGAAUAUCUGUAAUACAUAAACUGAAGAACUUUUAUUUACAUCCCUAACCUGAAAAGUAGACCCUAUGAAAAGCCUCAUAUAUGAACAAUGCUCUCCAGAUUUAUAGCACUGCAAGCCAGUUUAAGAUAAGACAAACCUCAAUUUGAAUAACUACCCACGCAUGGAAAUAGGAAAAAAAAAAACCUCUCUAAAUAUUGAUUUUAAAAAAAUGUUACCGAGGAAUAGGAGGAAUACCCAACACAUAAUUUUAAAGCAAAAAUACAAUCAAACACAUUCACAUAUGUAAAGAUCAAUGUGUGGCUAUAGAGUGAUAUCUCACAUUGUGACUAUCACCCAACUUUAAUUCUCAUAGUGCCAUUCUACCAUAGAAGAUAAAUCCUCUUGUGGAAAAAGUUGACCAUGCUGUCAAUUCCUCAAAUAUUUAAAAUAUUUAUAAGUGCAUAAAGGAUGAUAUUUAUUCUUGGUGUACAGGUUUUGUUUGUUUGUUUUGUUGUUGUUUUUUGGCACUGCUUGGGAUGGAACCCAGGGCUUUGGGCAUGCCAGGCAAAUGCUCUACCACUGAGCCACACUUCCAGCCCAGUACAUAGAUUUUGAGCCACAUGUAUUCACGUAGAUUUAGCUGUUACAUUGAAGCACUGCUUCCAAUAUCAGAAAGAAGGGAUUAUAUUUGAGUAGAAAUAGAAACAUGUUUAUAUUUAAUGUAUGCUUCCCCUACAAGUUUGUGGGGGCAAAUUAAUACAAUUUCAAUAACAUAUAUUUCUGUCUGAAUAUGUACAAGAAAGUUGUAGGGGGCUUACCUUUAAGAAUAGAUUUUAAAAACAGGUACAGAUUUGUUUCCACUUCAGAGGAGUAUUUAUGAAACAGCCCAUGUGCAGAAAAAAGACUAGACUGAGUUUUUUUUCUAAGUGCAUAAAAUUGGCUGUAAAAAUGAUUGGGCUAUCUUACUUUUGAAACCCUGAUUCCAGUUUUUCUUGACUCAAAGACAGGCCAAUUCUGACAGAUUGCAACCAUGUAACUCAAUUUCAGAUGAAUCCAAAUUCUGCAAAUGUGCCCUAAUGUGUAUCCCUUGCACCCUAAGGCAAUUGGCAAUUUUAGUUAAGGUUUCCUCUCCCUAGGUGAGAUAGAAACAGUCAGCAAUCUUUUCCACCUGGCACAUUUGAAAAGAUUUUUUCUCUUGAUACUGGAAAGCACUCAUUUUCUGUGGAGCUUUGAGAGUUAAGACUAAGACCGUUGUAAAGACCUGUGUUUACAAUUGUAUUAGCUGGAGCGAAGCCUCUUCACUGCUGCUUUCUACCUGGCCUGAUGUGCUACUGUACACACCACGCCUUUUUUGGUAACCCAUAAUGACACUGCACAGUUUGAAAAGCAAGACAGACAAUGUAGCACAAAAAAGCAAGAUGUCUUGCUGUCCCAACUCUGCCUCUAGCUAUAUGAUUUUGGCUAUCAAUUUCCCUUCUUUGCAGGUGCAGUGGCACACAUCUGUAAUCCCAACAACUAGGGAGGCUGAGGCAGGAGGAUGGCAAGUUCAAAGCCAGCCUUAGCAACUUAAUGAGGUCCUAAGCAACUCAGCUAAACCUUGUCUCUAAAUAAAAAAUAAAAAAGGGCUGGGGAUGUGGCUCAGUGGUAAAGCACCAUUGGGUUCAGUCCCUAGUAACGAACAACAACAAAAAAACUCUCUUCCCUAAAUUCAUUUUCUUUUCAUCUCCAAAAUGAGAAGACAGUGCUAAAUCCCUCCAUUGCAAAAUUAUCUGAGUUUCUUCAUUAUUUCUAGUUCUAUGUUGAAAGCAUUUAUAUAGUUUUUUUUUUUUUUUUUCGGUACUGGAAAUUGAACCCAGGGGCAUUUUUCCGCUGAGCUACAGCCCUGCUCCCCACCCUUUUAAUUUUUAAUUUUGAGACAGGGUCUUGUUAAAUUGCUUAGGGCCACAUUAAAUUGAUGAGGCUGUCCUCAAACUUGCAAUCCUCCUGCCCCAGUCUCCUGAGUUACUGGGGUUACAGGUGAAUACCACCAUGCCCAACUGUAGCUCACUUGUUACAGCUGCCCUAUUUCUGCAUCUCUUGCAACAAUAACUCUUUGGAAUUCCUUCAACCACCAUUUCAUACUCAUGUGCACACUGGUGGUAUCAAAGGAGACAGGCCAUUCUACUGUGUAAGGGACUCCUUGGAAUCAUUUGUAUGAAUGCCCAAUGUUUUGGAAUUAGAGCUGAAAGAAAUGUAAAACAUAUUGCUCAAUCUUCUCAUUAUUCAAAGGAUACUCUUCCUAGUCACCCUUCAACUUCCAUACAUCUGUUAUACUGAACUACUGUUCCAAAAUUUUGCCCUUGGCUUCCUUCAAAACCUUUGCAUGUGAAUGAGUUCAGGCCUAGUUCGUUGCUAACAUAUAUAGUAUUCUGGGUGCAUAGAUUUCCAGUAUUUGGAAUUCUGGGUGCUAGUUUGAGGAUUUCUGAUCUGCCUGCUUCCAGAGACAUUUUGGGAGCAGGACUCUUCUCCUUGUUUCCUUCAGUUAACAUCAUAACAUCUCUUCCCAAGCUUCUGGAAAAAGAAUGAGAAGAUUGAGGUCUAUGUGUCUUUAGGCAAAUCUUGUUACUUCCUUGAGACUCUUAAAUAAAUAAAAACAUUGGAGGAGAUCUUUGCCAACCAGUGACCAAGAAAUGGUAAAACCAUUUUGUGAAUUAGCUCAAGGUUUAACUCAGACCUUCUUGGUAGGAAUGACUUAAUUGGGCCUCUCUAGGAAAUCAAGGUUGUAUUUCCCCCUGAAAACCUAAAAUCACAUGAGAGCGUUCUAAGACCUAUAUAUAUCACCUCUCUGCCAGGGCAAAGUGUGGCAGGGGCUGGAGCUGAGACAUUUCAUGCCUGGCUUCCAAAGAUAAUCACGUUUAGCACUUAUGUCUUUGGUGAGAAAAAAAAAAUCAAUUUUUGCUGUGGAAAACCAUCUGUGUUUAUUCAAUUGACAGAUACUACCUUUCAAUCUAUCUUUAAUCGAGCCUCCCUGAGGCAAGCAGUUCAACAGUGAUAGAUUAAGCAAUAAACAAAGCCAUCUUCCCACUGUUGGCUGCUGUGGAUAGGGAAGGCACAGUUGCUAUUGGGAGCGAUAUUCCCCAGCAAGAUGAUUGUCCCUGCUUAGCAUGGACAAAGCCCCUCCCUAGCGAUGCUUUUAUGAUUCCCUGUUCUUCUGGCUGCUCUUGCUUCCCCACUGAAUCUGGCCUUCUGAAUUAGCAAGUCCUGGAUCUCCCUUGUUGCCCUACAAAACAAUGUGGUUUCAUCUUGGAAGAUGGUGAUGCCUUAGGUAAAUAAAUUAGAGGCUGCAGCAGAUGAUCCACACUCAUCUUGUUAUGAAAAUAUACAUUGAAAAGAAAUAAACGAACUUGACUCUAGGACAUGGGCCUACUCGGGUUAUAAAGUGCUCAUUUGUGCCAAGUGUAGCAGUUGGUUACUGAUUUCAGGGUCUCUUCACAUAUCACAUAGCUUCUAGUAAUAAAGAUUAGCUUUGGGGAUGACAUGUUAGUGGCAUCCUCAUCUGUGAAGUAAAAGGUGGCUAAGUCACUGUUCCCAGGCACUAGAUAGAAACAAUCAUCCUGGGACCUGACUCUAUGAGAAUCGAAUGAAUAAUAUCCACUUGUAUCAUGGUAAAAUGGGAAGGACACAAGCUUUCUGGCCAUUUGUGUCCUUCACAUCCCCACCAGGAGAAAGCUGUUGUUAGAGAGUAGGCUGGAAUUAGCCCGGGGUUUCUGGAAGGAAUGGACCACAUCUUGCACAUUUGUCUAACUUUUGACCACAUUUUCAUAAUAGAUUAAUAGCUAAAAACGAAAGGAAUCCUUCAGUCUUGCAGGACCAGGUCCUGUGUGUGUUAUUUAAUAGAGCAAAGCCUUGACAUGCUCUUCCGUAUUCUGUAUCUGGAUGGUCGCUCCACCUCUUCCCCCAACACAAAUACAUAGCAACUUUAAUAUAGUGCAAUCCCUUAUUAUAAAUUUUGGUCUUCAAAGAUACCCCUUGCCAGGGGAGAGAGGAGCACAUUAACUCCAUCUGAAUAUAUCCAGAGGAAUCAACAUGAAUAGCGCAUUAAGAGCAAACUUUUUCUUGUGAAACCUCAUAUUAGAAACACGUUCAGUGGCUCAGGGGUAGAGCACUCGUCUAGCAUGUGCGAGGCCCUGGGUUCGAUCCUCAGCACCACAUAAAAAUAAAUAAAUAAAAUAAAGGUAUUGUGUCCAACUACAACUAAAAAAUAAAUUUAAAAAAGAAAGAAAGAAACACAUUCAGUGAGGGCUGGGGAUGUAGCUCAGUGAUAGAGCACUCACCUAGCCUGUGUGAGGCCCUGGGUUCCACCCAGUAUGGGUGGGGAGGGGUGCAGAAAAGGAAUGCAUUCUGUGUAAUUUAUAUAAUUUUUAAAAAAAGUUUCAGUGUUGUGCAUAUAGUGAAUAUAUAAGGUAAGAAUCUUUGGGUUAGAAUACUACAUGUUUAGGACGAAUUCAAAAGAAUACUUGGCAUUUACCUAGUGUUUAUUACGUUACGUAGUCUAUAAAGCACUUUGGCACUCAUUACCUCAUCUAAUCCAAGGCUUCCCUGCUGGCCAAAGAGCUGCUUUAUAUCAUUUACUUUGGAAUUUAUAAAUAUUAAAUUCACUUACUAGUGACCAUUAGAUUAAAAGGCCUGUGGAACUAUGAGGUUAAUACCUGAAAUUGUCAACAUUAGAUCAUAUUUGGCCUACGAAAACACAAUUUCAUCAGGUUCGAUUUAAUCUGAUUUCAUUUUGUUUUGAUGUGAACUAAACAUGUUUCCUUGUCAUGACCUGUUCUGUGAUAUUGAAGAACAGUGCUAAUCAUUGAUUCGCUGAUUUAUAGGGUGUUCUGUUGCCCCCAAAGUGAGUCUCUUUAACUUGGCACAAGGGAAUAAACAGGGUCAUUGUUGACUGUCUCAGGAGAGGCAUACUAGUGGGAACAACAUUUCAUGUUACAAAAAAAUAGUGACAUGGAAUGACCAGAGGUUGAAGAUAUAGCAUGCAUGAGGCCCUGGGUUCCAUCCCAGUACUGAAAAAAACAAAAAACAAAGACACAGAAGGGUGGAAUCCUUGGGAGCAAAAACACAGGCUAUGAAUAUGUACAUUCUUCUAAAAGCAGAAUUGAAGUACUGUGGUUCUGGAAGUGCUGGGAAAGAAGGGACUUAACUUGAGCAAGCACUGACAAUGGGCCAAGUUCAGUGCUGUGGCUCAAGGAUAUUACCUAACCAUCCUACGUCACAUGGAAUAGUUGAAUGACAGAAUACAGACGUGGACCUAAAUCUCUCAAGUCCUCAUCUAUACCGCUGCUCAGCAUUAAUUCCCCAAUCCAGCCUGUGUGACAUAUUCAGUUCACAGUACUAAAUAGAAAGCUCUGGUCCCUUUUCUAGAUUUUGUCCAGAGGCCUGCGCUAGGGAUAGAGUCAAAGAAUACACACAAAGGACAUUGAAACACAUAGGUUAGUUUAGAUGUCUGCACCCUCAUCUCCACCCAGAGACACAAUUCAGUUGCAAGCAGAAGUCCUGGGAAGAAUUUCCCACUUGGUUCUGUGACUGAUGGAAAAGAAAAUAACCUUGGGUGAAGGUCCUAGUGAGAAUAGCCAACCCAGACAUCAUCCAUCUUUGAAUCAGAGUUAAUUGGAGAAAAAGUAUCAGGAAAAGGUAGAACCACCCUCUACAUCUCUUCCUUUCUACAAAACUAAAAUAUGCCAGCGGAUGUGUUCUUGAAGUCUGGGGACCCAAGCUACACAAAUAGCCUCUACUAGAAAAUACUUCCUAAACUACUGGGUCAGGUAAGGAACUUGGGUAUGGAAUUAGGAAAUCUGAGUGCCUAGCCUAGAUGUCCUGUCACAAACCCAGAUAUCACCAUGUUUCUGCCCUCUCUGAGGGUUUGCACCUUUCCAGAAGAUAAGAUUUUUCCUCAAAUUUAAAAUUCACUCCCAGAGUCAUAUAAUGACAUGAAAGGACUCUCAUAAUUUUAUGGUCUUUUAAAAGAAUCAUUUUAAUGGACAAUAAAACCUCAUGCAUUCAAAACCUCAUUAACUCCCAGACAAGCUUGAAAAUGUUGCAUAACUCAGGAUUUCAGUAUUUAAAAUACAUUAUAUAACUUGGGCCUGUUGUGAAUCCAAAUUUUUCAUCACUUUGCUUGAAUUUUACCUAUUGUCAAUGAUAAUACAGCAUUAGGAAGAUAAAACUGAUUUUCUUUAAAGAAAUUAUUAUUUUUUUUCUAAUCUGGUCUCUAUUGAUUUGAACAUGACCUUUCUUGCAUUAAAGUUGGCUGGGUUUUGGGUGAUACAAUAAUAUGUUGAAGCAGUCAAUUCAGCAAGUUGUAAAAAUAUAUGGCACAAACUUCUUUAGUGUCAUUUUGUGUUUUGUUAUAAAUAUUAGACACAUUUUGUAAAUUAUAAUUGUACUUGUUACUAUUAACUAUAAAUAUUUAUUGCCUUGAAAAAUGUGCUCUGUUAAAUAACUCAGAACAAGUUCCAGGUGUGGUACUUAGUUUAAAUAAUGUCAUGGUUUGGCUUUGCCUAGACUCCUUGGACAAAUGAAUUAUUUAUAAGAAAUUCACAAUAGUUCUAUGAAUGAUUCAGAUCCUUGUAAAUGUGCAAACUUAACUGUGUGGCCAUGUACAACUCUCUGUAUAAAGUGUGCUCUUUGAUUGAAUUUUUAUUUUUCAAGAAGUGUUUCCAAAGCAUCUAUCACAUCGUGUAUGAACUGUAUGACACUGAAUCAAAUCCAGUGAAAUAAGCUGAAUGUUCAAGUCAUAGAUGAUAAUAAAUUGAACUAUUCCUUAAUGUAAUAAAGUCUAAUUUGUGAAAUGGACAAAUGCAUGUAUCCAAUGUUCAAUAAAAAGUAGCCGUUGCAUGAA